UUCGAACGAACGCCUUUCUCCCCUUUAUGACAUCAUUUCAUUCGAACACCGGCAGACAUCUUGUCUAUGACCUUGGUAUAUUGCGUCACCUCCACCAGUACACGCUUCUUGAAACGAUAUACGUCUGUGAUAUUCUCCCAACAGAUAUUAUGUAUAUCGUUGCUAAAUACGGGGAUGGGGAGAGUACCCUGUUCAACCCUGACUGUAUGGUGGUGAACCUGGUGCGGCACAUGCAGGAGAAGUGUGGUUACCCGAACGAGAGCGGGCUGGACCUGGUGGACCAGAACGGGGAAACCCGCGGUCUUUCCCGCUACCCGCGCCGCGCUAACGCCGCAAGGCUCUUCAACGACAGGAAUGUCUACAUCCUUGUCAACAUCGAGCGAGGGCCGGACGGUUCGUACCGUGACGUCGUUCCCUUGAUCGAGGGCGGCGCUGACUCAGUCCCAGAACUCUACAAAAAGAUGACACUUCAUCUCCAACAGCUCGAACAUCAGAGGCAAGAGGAGCUCAAAAAAGAGAACGAACGCAGGGAGAAAGAGAAGGAACGACAAAGAGUCUUGGAGGAAGAAAGACAUCACAAAAAGAAAGUGUCUUUGGCAUCGCCGGAUACUUUGGCACCGGAGAAAUCCACACACAAGAAAACGCCCGAAAAAUCCCGCCCAAGUUCCCGCGCGUCUUUGGACAAGAAAGAUGCUUCCAAAGUCAACAUCAGCAGAGGCCGCGGCCGGAAACAUUAGCGUUCAAAAUU